AUGCUGAUGGCAGAAUCACGCGACUCGGUCCUUGCAGAUGCCCCCUUUCGCAUGGCCGUAGUUGGAUCUGGCCCAGCUGGGUUUUACACGGCAUAUCGGGUCAUGUCGAAGCUUCCACAGGCUCGUGUUGACAUGUACGAGGCUUUGCCAGUCCCGUUCGGCCUUGUGCGUCACGGAGUUGCGCCAGACCACCCGGAAGUCAAGAACUGCAAAGACAAAUUUGAUGAAGUUGCUUCCUCUCCCAAUUUCACUUUUGUGGGAAAUGUCUCCAUUGGUCAUCCGGGGCAUUUGGCCGAGCAUUGCACCAUACCUCUUAAGGUGCUCAUGGGCCAUUAUGACUCUGUUCUAUUUGCAUAUGGGGCAUCGGAGGACAAGAAGCUGCACAUUCCAGGCGAAGCAUCUCUCAAGGGCAUCUACUCAGCCCGUCAAUUUGUCGGUUGGUACAAUGGCCAUCCAGAUUGCGGCCAGAUUGAGCCAGAUCUGUCACGGGCAGAGGAAGCCGUCAUCAUCGGCCAAGGCAAUGUUGCCUUGGACGUAGCCAGAAUCUUGCUAGAGGAUAUAGACGUGCUGAGGAAGACUGAUAUUUCAGAUCGAGCCCUCGCACAGUUGGCUGAAAGCCGAGUCAAGAGGGUUCAUGUUGUAGGGCGGAGAGGGCCAAUGCAGGCGGCGUUUACAAUCAAAGAAGUGCGAGAGCUAAUGAAACUUUCUGGAGUGGCUUUUCAUGGAGUGGACGACUUGCUAAUCCCAGCAGCUCUUGAUACUCUUCCGAGAGCCACCAAGAGACUCAUGGAGGUCCUUCGAAAGGGAACGACAGCGAGCGUUUCUGAAUCUCCAAAAUCUUGGUCACUAGACAACUGUUUGGCGCCAAAAGCCUUUGUUGGGGACAAACAGAAUCCUUCUGUUGUGGGUAGCACUGAGUUUUAUGUGACGAAGUUGGAAGACCCAUUCAACCCUCGAUCGUCGGUUGCUCGUACGGAUGAAACCAUCACCCUUCCAUCGGACAUAGCUUUUCGCUCCGUCGGUUACAAGUCAGUGGCUCUACCGGGAUUUGCCGAGGUCGGUAUCCAGUUCGACGAGAAGCGAGGAAUCGUCACCAACGACGGGCUGGGUCGAGCGACGCAAUCGUCAGCCAACCUUGCCGAGCCUGUCGAGACUCAUCCACCAGCUUUGCCUGGUGUCUACUGCGCUGGCUGGGUUAAGAGAGGACCCACCGGCGUUAUUGCCUCUACCAUGAGCGACGCAUUCACAACAGGCGACGCUGUGGUGCAGGACUGGUUGUCAGGGGCUCCCUUUCUAGAUCGCUCAGCGAACGGCACAGCUAAGGGAUGGGAGGCGGUCAAGGCUGAUGUUAACGCUCAAGCCGAUCAGAUAGUCACAUGGGAUCAAUGGCGCCAGAUAGAUCAAGCUGAAACAGCACAAGGGCUAACAAGAGGUAAACCUAGAGAGAAGUUCACCAGCAUUAGAGACAUGCUCAGCUCCAUCAAAUGA